UAACUGUAAUGUAAAAGUGUGUAAAGAAAAGCGUUUUUUUGGUGUGAAACUGAAACCGCAAUACUUUCGUACUGUAAUCUUUUCGUCUCUCUCACUUUCGCAUUCUUUUCGUUUAUCUUGGGCAAACGUUAGCAAUGUCGCUUCCAAAACCAAACAAUAUCGUUCUGUAAUUUUGAGUCGUUUUGGAGCACAUGGAGGAUCAAAAUUACGCCAACGAAUUGGAGAUAGCUGUGAGGAUUGUCCACGUCGCAUGUGCUCUCUGUGGGAGGGUGCAGGAGAAACUCCUUGCCACGGAGGUUGUGUCCAAAGAUGAUGAUUCUCCUGUUACUGUUGCAGACUUGAGUGUUCAAGCAAUCACUAGUUGGUUCCUAGCAAAAACAUUCGGGGUUCAAAAUUUGUCAAUUGUUGCGGAAGAAGACGUAGAAAUUUUCUCCAAGGACAAUUCAGCAGCCUUACUGGAAGCUGUUGUGGAUACAGUCAAUGAGUCUUUAUCUUUUGCAGCCAUGUAUGGUCUUCAAAGUCCAGAGACAACUCUUGGGACAACAGAAGUUCUUGAGGCCAUUGGCCGCUGCAGCUCAACAGGAGGCCCCAGUGGAAGGCAUUGGGUACUUGACCCUGUUGACGGCACAUUAGGAUUUGUACGUGGUGAUCAGUAUGCGGUUGCUCUAGCUUUGAUUGAGAAUGGAAAAGUUGUUCUUGGAGUUCUUGGAUGCCCCAAUUACCCAGUGAAGACAGAAUGGCUAAGUUAUCACUACCAGCAUCAUGAAACAACAUCACAAUCAUCUCCAACAACUACCGAUGCGUGGGGAAAAGGAUGUGUGUUGUAUGCUAAGAGAGGCAGUGGUGAGGCGUGGUUGCAGUCGUUGAUUCCUACAGAUAAGACGCUAGAAUGGCCAAAUUGUGCGAGACUUGUUCAAGUUUCUUCAGUGGAUGAUCCAGCAUUAGCAACUCUCUGUGAACCAGUCGAAAGGGCAAACUCAAAUCAUUCCUUCACAGCUGGCCUUGCUCACAGUGUGGGACUUAGAAAACAGCCCUUACGCGUCCACAGCAUGGUAAAGUAUGCAGCAAUAGCAAGGGGAGAUGCCGAGAUAUUCAUGAAAUUUGCAAAGUCCGGUUACAAGGAGAAGAUAUGGGAUCAUGCUGCCGGUGUUGUGAUUGUUGAAGAGGCAGGUGGUGUGGUGACCGAUGCUGGAGGCCGCCCUCUGGACUUUUCAAAGGGAACACACUUAGAGGGUCUUGACCGUGGCAUAAUUGCAUGUUCUGGUGUCACAUUGCAUGAAAAAUUGAUUGAUGCUGUUUAUGCUAGCUGGGACUCCUCAAAUUUAUGAGGCUUUUUUGCUCACUCCAGAGUUUUUGUAUUCAUUUAAUAGCUCAUUUUUUAGCAUAUUGAUAAUAGGAAAUUAAUAUUUAACUGAAUAUACCAGUAAUCCUAUAAUAUCCAGAAAAUGAAAAAGAAGAAGAGUAUACAUUUAUCCAACAGAAUCGUCCAUAGAGUCACGUGUAGAUACUGAAUGAUAGCCAUCCUUUUUUCGUUGCCAUAAUAUUUUCAUAAUAAAAACUCUUUAAAAAAUUGUUUUUGAUACCAAUCAAAUAUGACAUUGUAAGAAAUAUUGGUGUGCGUUGAGAGAAAU